AAGAAUAAUAAUGUAUCACCAAGAUAUUUUGAAGAAAUAUGAAGUUUUCUUAGGUAUUUUUGAAAAAGCAAUAUUGAUACAAGUUUUUGUUUCAUCACUUUCACUCGUCCUACUUUGGGUCAUUUUAAUAACGAUUUUUUCCAGUGUAGAUAGAUUUGAGACUACGGAACAAACAAUAAUAAGAAUGUUAUCUCUAAUUCCUGCAUUCUCCUUUCAGAUAUUUAUGGUGUGUUAUUUAUUUGGAAAUUUACACAAUCAAAAUGAUUCCAUCGUAUUCUCAUUGUAUAGCAGUAAUUGGAUUGAAAUGGAUAUGAAAUGCAAAAAACUAAUAUUAUUAAUAAUGAGAGUGAAUAAUGCAAACUUUAAAAAGUUAAAAUUUACAACAUUAAAAAUUAUAAACUUGGAAUUUUUUUUUAAAACAAUAAGUAAUUGCUACUCAAUUAUUUCAGUUUUAGUUAAUCAGAUAAAAAACAAAGGAUUAUAA